AUGGCCUCUUCUCUGACAACGACCGACCUCCAGGGGUCCCUGCCCCUCAUUGCCCGCGGCAAAGUCCGCGAUCUGUACGAAGUAGACGACAAGACCCUCCUCUUUGUCGCAACCGAUCGUAUCUCCGCGUACGAUGUGAUCAUGGAAAAUGGAAUCCCCGAAAAAGGCAUCCUCCUCACCCUCUGCACGCAAAGAUGGUUCCAAAUCCUCCAGGAAGCCAUUCCCACCCUCCGAACGCACUUCAUCACCCUUGACCUCCCCGCGAAGAUCCCCGCCUCGUUGCGCCCCGUGCUUCAGAACCGCGCGAUGCAAGUCCGCAAGCUGAGAGUUUUACCCAUUGAGGCUAUCGUGCGCGGCUACAUCACGGGGUCCGCAUGGAACGAAUACAAGAAGUCCGGAACCGUGCACGGGAUUCCAGUGCGGGAAGGCUUGAAGGAGAGCGAGGCCUUCCCUGAUGGCCCCAUUUACACCCCUAGCACGAAGGCCGAACAGGGGGAGCACGAUGAGAAUAUUCAUCCUGAUAAAGCUGUUGAGAUCGUUGGUGAACCAUAUGCGUCUACCGUUGCUGAGCUCGCUGUGAAGCUCUACAAGACUGCACACGCCUAUGCGCUUACGCGGGGCGUGAUCAUCGCGGACACAAAGUUCGAGUUUGGCGUUGACGAGGAGACAAAUGAGGUUGUUCUAGCGGAUGAGGUGCUUACGCCAGACUCGUCGCGCUUCUGGCCUAAGGACUCGUAUGAGGUCGGACGUGGCCAGCAGAGCUUCGAUAAACAGUUUUUGAGAGAUUGGUUGGUUAAGGAGGGGUUGAAGGGUAAACCGGGGGUGAGGAUGAGCGAUGAGAUUGCGCAGAAGACGAGUGAGAAGUAUAGGGAAGCUUGGGAGCGGAUCACUGGGGGGAAUUAG